AAAACAGAGGCCCGCCGGUCGCCGUAGCGCGUAGAAUCCGAACUUCCUGGUUGCGCCUUUUCAUUCCUCUCCCCCUCGCUUCGCAGAUUGCUGAGAUUCGGAGCUCGUAAGUCGUAACUACAGAAUUGGCAAUUCUUGACUGACACUGCAGCUACCAGAUAAUAUCUUCUGCGUGUGCUUUGAAGCAGAUUGAGGCAGAAAGCAUCAUUCAAAAUGCAGCCAUCAAGGGCUAGGUUAUUUAAGGAAUACAAAGAGGUGCAAAAAGAAAAAGCUGCUGAUCCAGAUAUUCAAUUAGUAUGCGAUGAAUCAAACAUAUUUAAAUGGAAUGCUCUUAUCAAGGGACCUUCCGAGACUCCCUACGAAGGCGGUAUCUUUCAGCUUGCCUUUUCUGUUCCUGAGCAAUAUCCUUUGCAACCUCCCCAAGUGCGGUUCUUGACCAAAAUAUUUCAUCCGAAUGUGCAUUUUAAGACGGGAGAGAUCUGCCUUGAUAUUUUGAAGAAUGCAUGGAGCCCAGCUUGGACUCUUCAGUCGGUUUGUAGGGCCAUAAUUGCAUUGAUGGCCCACCCAGAAGCCGAUAGCCCACUAAAUUGUGAUUCAGGGAAUCUCUUACGCUCUAGUGAUAUAAGAGGUUUCCAGGCCAUGGCAAGAAUGUACACUAGACUUGCUGCCAUGCCAAAGAAAGGGUGAAUUUGAGAACCAAUUUCUAAUGCUCAAAAUGAAUAACCACCUCCCGUGGUUGGUGUGGAAUGAAUUAUUCCUAUAAAGUCUAGAAAGAAAUUCUAGGAUGUUGAAGUUGUGGUUGUGCUUAGAUUGCUAGAACUGCUUAUAGUAAAGCCUGAACUUCCGAUUUCUCCUGUGUCUUUGUUAAUAAUGUAUUAAUGCUGUGCAACAAAUCAUUUAUUUUACAUGUCAUUUCCAGAUUUUCCAAUGAUCAGUGUAACUAUUGGAGUCUUGAAUUGUUAAGUCAUCUUUGAGUUGCUGUAUCUGACUAUAGUUAUAGCUGCCAGGGAGUACUAUUGGUAAUUGUUUUUUAUU